AGUUGCAUAUCAAGUAGAGAGUGACUGCCACAAAUUCAGAAUCAAUGAGGGAAGAGACACUGCACUACAUGUGGCAGUGAAUGAUGGGAAGGUGAGGCUUGUUAAGGCUCUUGUUGGAGCAAUCUUGAGCCAUGAAGGGAGGGGAGAGUUGAGGAGUGAUAGUGCACUGAGAUUAACCAAUGAGAGAGGGGACACUCCUUUGCACCUUGCUGCCUCAAGAGGGUUCAUUCGCAUGUGUAAGUGCAUUAUUGGGGAAAAUAAGGAAAGGAAUGAAUUGAUUAAGGCUAGGAACAAGAAGGGUGAAACACCUCUUUUUAGGGCUGUGCAUGCAGGCGAAACAGAGACCUUUGUGUACCUUAACAAUGUUUCCAAAGAGUUAGAUGUUACUCUUAGGAACUAUCACGGGGAUACCAUCCUUCACCAAGCCAUUUGGAGAGAAUUCUUGGAUUUGGCAAUUUUAAUAAUUCAUUGUUAUCCCGAACUUGAGAACGCAACAAACGAAGUUGGAAUGACACCUCUAAAAAUUCUUGCCAACAAACCUUCAGCAUUCAAGAGUGGAAGCAAUCUCUCACGGUUGGAGACAAUUCUAUCCUAUUGUAUAUUUGUCGGAUCUCUCGAUGCUGACAAAGCUAUAAAAUCGUACAUGGAGAAAGUUAAAAAAUAUGACGCCCCUGAACUCCGAGAAAAUGAAGCCAAUAUAGGAUCGAAUUAUGAGGAAGGAAAACAUGCCACUUCUAGUGCUGGGUUUGUAAAGAGUGCAGUUCGAUCAGCAUUCAAUUUCCUUUGCCUCGGUGUCACUGCACCAGACUUGAAAGCAAUAAAGUCGACAAGGCAGAAGCACACAUGGGCUAUUCAGCUCUUGCAUAUUUUUAUGAAAACUCCUUUUGAGUCGUAUACUGGGGGUCAACCAUUCAUGGACGUUGACGGCGACAGUGUGCCACACGAUGUUACCAAACAACAGAUAGAACUGGAAAAACAGAUACAACAGAAUCAACAACAGAAUCAACAACAAAAGAAUACAAAAGAAUCUGCAGCAAAAAAUCAGGAGGAGGAAACACCAUUUGUGACAGUGGCAAAAGCAGGCAUAGUCGACUUUGUGAAAGAGCUUCAAAACAAUGAACCAAGUGCCCUCCAUGACUCUACCACCCCUGAGAAUGAUAACCUGCUGGUUGUGGCAAUGAAGAUCAAGUACAAAUUUCGGGAACACCAUGUUGACAAGAAGGAGACUGCAUUAUUGGCAGCUGCAAGAAACGGCAUUGAGGAGAUUGUGCGUGACCUUCUAUUGAAAAUACCGAAUGCUGUGCAUGAAACCAACUCCAACAAUGAAAACGUCUUGCUUGUGGCAGUGAAGAACAGGCAAACCAAAGUUGUUGAGAAGUUGAAGAAGAUUGUGGAAAAGAAUCUGUUUGGUAGCUUAAUUUUGGGAGUGGAUAACAGCGAGAACACCGUCUUGCAUUUGGCUGCAGGUUCAACUAGCAACAAUGUAAGGACAUGGCAGAUUGCUGGUGCUGCCAUGCAAAUGAUGUGGGAUAUCAAGUGGUAUCAGUACGUGAGAACCCUAGUGCCAGAACAUUUAACUUUCAGAACCAACAACGACGGAAAAACCGCCGGGGAAAUCUUCAAGCAGAAUCACAGAGAUCUGGUGAAUGAGAGCUCCGACUGGAUGAAGGAAACUUCUAAUUCCUGCUCCGUGGUGGCCGCUCUCAUCGCCGGUGUCUCGUUCGCCACCUCCAGCACCGUCCCGGGCGGCACCGACAACGGAAAGCCAGAGCUGGAAGGGGAGCCGGCCUUCGACGCCUUCGCCAUCGCCUCCCUGAUCGGCCUCUGCUUCUCCGUCACCGCCCUUAUAAUGUUCCUGGCCAUCCUGACCUCCCGGAAACAGGCGCAGGACUUCCAGAAGAGCUUGCCCUUGAAGCUCCUCUUAGGCCUCAGCUCUCUCUUUGUCUCCAUUGCCUCCCUGCUCACUUCGUUUUGCUUUGCGCAUUUCUUCUUGUUCAAGAAGAAGUACAAGAACAUCUUGUUCCCUGUUUACGUUGCCACCUGUUUGCCUAUCACUUUCUAUGCAAUUGUGCAGUUUCCUCUCUACAUUGAUCUGCUUAAAGUCAUCUUGAAGAAGCUGCCACAACCAAGCAUUACCAGCAGCGAAUUCUAG